AUGUCGUCCAGAUCAAAGGAGAAAGUAACGGCCGCCAUUAGGAAGUUCUUCAAAAGCUCCGAAAGCAAGAGCAAGGACAGCAAGGACAAGGACGGCACGCAUACGGCCGCCCCGACGGAAGCAUCCGAUGCCGCACACCACCACCUGUCGCACGCUCACCUUCCCCAUUCGGCGGGAACGACGACGACGGCUACGACGACGACGGCGCACGGUGGUGGAGCCGGCGGUAGCAGUGGAGGUGGACCGAGUGCGGGCAGCGGGGCUCACGGGGGGCUAGCGUCGAAUGGCACCACCAACGGCAACACCAAUAGUAGCGGCAAUAGUAAAGCCAACACCGACAGUCCCAUGCGACGGCUUCGAUGCGUGGUCGCCCCAACCACCACUGCCAUGAUGAACGUUCCUGUCUCAAAACCGCUCGACACCACCAUCCGGUCGCGCCGUCUGAUGAAGGAGCUGAAGGAGAUCGAACGGUUACAGCAUUCCCGUGCCGAGCCUUGCUUUACGGUGGAACUGAUCAACGACAACCUGUACGAGUGGCACGCGCGGCUCUUCCGGAUCGACCCGGACUCGCCGCUGGCGGAGGACCUCGUCGAGUUGAACAUUCCCUUCAUCCUGCUGCACCUGGUGUUCCCGGAGAAUUUCCCGUUCGCGCCACCGUUCAUGCGCGUCGUCGAGCCCCGGAUCGAGAAGGGCUUCGUGAUGGAGGGCGGUGCCAUCUGCAUGGAGCUGCUGACGCCGCGCGGUUGGGCAAGCGCCUACACGGUCGAGGCGAUCCUGAUGCAGUUUGCGGCCAGCCUGGUCAAGGGCCAGGGUCGGGUGUCGCGAAAGCCCAAGUCCGCCAAGGAUUUCAGCAGACGCUCGGCCGAGGAUGCCUUCCGGUCGCUGGUGAAAACGCACGAAAAGUACGGCUGGGUUACACCGGCCCUUAACGACGGUUAGAAAGUAUUCUCGACGCUCAUUGGUUUCGUUUUUCAUCCUCGGCGGUAAAAAAAAUAGCACAAAACGUCGCUAAUUACGAGUAGAAUAUAACCGCGUCAUUGGAAGAUAUGCUUAGAUCGCUUCUUUUUUUUUUACACAACAACCCCCUUAGGUAGAUCGCAACCAAUGAGAUUAACAAUGAGGCGACUGGCUGAGGAGAACACGAAAUACUAAACCAUUCCCUAAGUUAGCUAAACGAAACGAUAAACAUACGGAGCUUCUCUCGAAAUGAUCUCAAAUGUAUCCUCGAAAUAUAGCAUCCACGGUCGAAUCGAAACAUUUUCCACGGUGUCUUUUGCUGGUGCACGUGUGGCAUGAGGGGGUGUGACGGAACUCGAAGGCGGGGGCUCAUCAAGCAAACACUCAUACCGUUAUAGGAUCCAAUCCCAGUGAUAGAGGUAUAAAUAUUGUCGUCCGCAAAAUAGAACAGAAACUAGGCACAAAUGAUCCGGCGUUAAGUUUCAGAGCUUUUGAAGUUUGGGUUGAUGUAGACGCGAUAGGACGGAAACAUCCGGAAACCGAAUGGGAAAACCAAUUACCACCCAGGCAGGCCGUUCCCUUACUCUCCAUAAAACGAUGUACAAACAAACAAACAAACAAACAAACAAACAAAAACAUACAUACACACACACCCUAGAAACAAAAUAUAACGAUUAGUUGCUAGCGAUGGAACGAUAUCGAGCGAGCACAAAUGUGUGGUAGAGAAACGUAAUUCUAUUUGUCCAGAGAUUAGUACCGCAAGAUAUUUUUUUUGCAGCCAGCAAGGCAGGCAGGCCGUGUGGGUCCGUGCAAACACGUUAAUUAGUCGCCGAUAAAUGAAACCAGGCACGGCUUUAUUUUGAAAAUAAAAGAGCAUACUCCAUCCAGCGUCGUCGACAUAAAAAAAUCCAUCACUCAUUCGCGUACAUAAACGGAGGAGUAUAUUUGCUGGAGACGUAUGAAUUAAAUGUAAGCGAAGUGUGCAAUAAAAGCGUCACAGACGAAGGUUUAGGGACGAAGGCGAUUCCCAAGUAUUAGAUUAACACCCACUCCCUAAAGAAGGAAAAACAAACAACAAAGCACGGAUAAACAUUAUUGGAGUAACGAACAAAUCCUUCGCUUGUGAUUGAAUGAGUUUACGUGUGUGCGUGUGUUAUGCGCUGGAGCGUGGGGCGUCGCUUUCUUUACAAAAUUGUUCAUGAGAUAUGUGUAAGAUUUUUGUAAAUAAAUGGCAUAUUUUACGGUAAGAGAUGUAUUCAACAA